CAUACGAGCGCAGUGAGGAGGUGCUGCUUCACGCGCACACACGCACACUCACUCACUCUCUCUAUCUUUCUCUCACACACCUACACGCGCAGAGCGAGUGAGCGGGACUCCUGCCGAGUGGCGCCCCAUUUCCGCGGACGGCCAGCGAGAGUGAUCGGUGUCCAAAGUCCGCGAAGCUGGAUUCCCGGAGCUCGUCACCAUGGCCGGCGGCGUUUAGGUCCUCCAUGGAGCAACCAAACUUGUACGAGGUUGCCCCUCGGCCCCCUCUCAGCAGCAUCGCCGCGAGUCCACACGGCGCUUACUGCUACAAGGACGAUCUGAGCGAGAUCUGCGAGCACGAGAGCUCCAUUGACAUCAGCGCGUACAUCGACCCGUCGGCACUCAACGACGACUUCCUCGCCGACCUCUUCCACAGCGGGGGUGGAGGAGGAGGAAUAGGCGCGCGGCAAGACAAACACAAGCUGGCCGCGGGUGACUACGGCGGCUACGCGGACGGCGCGCAGCACGCCUACGGCUACGCGAGCGGCUACGCGGACCCGUUGAAGCUGGAGACAGCGUACGAGGCGCGCGUAAGGCCCGCCCUCGCCAUCAAGCAGGAGCCGCGAGAGGACGACGAGACGGGUCACGGGCCACCACUGCCCCCUUUGCCGCCGCCCGCCUACCAGCACGCGCACCAGCAUGGCCAUCCCCACCACCCUCACCACCACCCGCCGCACCUGCAGUACCAGAUCGCGCAUUGCGCGCAGACCGCCGUGCACCUGCAGCCGCCGGGACACCCGACGCCGCCGCCCACCCCGGUGCCCAGCCCGCACCAUCACCAGCACGGCGGGUCCUUGAAACUGUUAGGAGGAGGAGGGAGCGGAGAUCGCUCAAAGUCCAAGAAGCCUGUGGACAAGAACAGUGCCGAGUACCGGCUGCGGCGCGAGCGCAACAACGUGGCCGUGCGCAAGAGCCGCGACAAGGCGAAACAGCGCAACGCCGAAACGCAACAGAAGGUGAUCGAGCUGGCGGCGGACAACGAGCGCCUGCGCAAGCGGGUCGAGCACCUCACCCGCGAGCUCGAGACGCUGCGCGGCAUCUUCCGACAGCUGCCCGACGGCUCUUUCGCCAAGGCCGUGGGCGGCUGCGCCUGAACGGAGAGACGGCGCGCAAGCUCGAUACGGUUCUCUCAGUUUUCUCCCCCCCUCAGAGCGUCCGCCGGAUGGACUUUAAAGACGUGACACGAUACUGAAAAAAGUGUUUUCCACACGAGCCAGGCAGCUGCGGUCUACAUGUGCCUUUUGUACAAAAAUAUUACUAAUGAUAAUAAUAAUGGUAAUAAUGAUAAGCUCAUGUCUGCACAUAGUCUAUUUGAACUUAUGGACUCAAUGGCUGUGUUGUAUUUUUUUCGUGUCAAUGAAAAUGCCAAACAUAUCAGUGCAGCUCAUUUAGGGCAUGAUUUCACUUCAGCAGCCGUUCUUGAUGGUUUUGAAAGGUACCAGCUUUUCUGCCCCCGCCCCCCUCCUCGGCAAAGCUAAAUCUGCAUCGUGCACAAGGCUUUUUUUCUUGCAAACUUCUUAUUUGCAAAGACAUAAAUGUGCACAAGGCUUCUUGCAAACUUUUCUAUUGCAGAGACAUAAACGUGCACGAAGCUUUUGGCCCUCUGUUUUGCAGAGACAUCAACGUGCACUGAUGAACCUUCGCUGCCAUUCUGCUUACAGGCUGUAGCUCAGCUCCACACCCUUCACAGUACGGUAGUCUGGGACGGGUCUCGUCUGCAAUGGGGGUUGAAUAUGUCUGUUAAAUGGACUGAAAAUGUCAAGCCAAAGCAAAGGACUGGAAGCCCAUCCUCUAAACUGUGGUCAUCUGCCCUUCACACGGCGGAUUUAUAUGCACUAUGUGUGGUCAGAUUUCAUGACCUGACGGAGAACAUGUUUGGGGUACUGAUGUGUAAAAGCUUUGUAUUUAUGCAGUAAUGAUGGGUGUGAAAGGAGGAUCGCCCUGCGCUUUCUCACCCCCGUGAAGUGCUGUUGUAGCUCAGUUCAUGUUUGUUUUGUUUAGUUUUGUUCUUUGAUGAGAACUGAAUAUCAGUGCCUUUCGACUUUUCCUGUCCUCUCCUGUCGUCCACUGGCAGAACUUUUCUCUUUUUUUGGAUUCUGUAAAUUGUUGAAAUACAGACUAGAGCAAAGGAAAAGGAAGCACUUUUUUUUACAAACCGCCAUAUUGCAAAUGUUAUAUGAAUGUUUAAAAUACUUUUCAAUUGUAAAAUGAACAUUAUAUAUGCCAAAAAUUACGAAUUAUAAUAAAAAGAAUAUUGUGUUACUUAU